AUUCCAUACCUUUGAGCCACUUCACAAUAAAAUAAAAAAAACAUAUCGCGAAUCAGUUUGGAGUAAAUUAAUUGGCAUUUGUUCUGCGAAUAAUAUUUGUAUUAAACUUGGAGAAAUAUAAUAUUUAAAAUGAAAUUAUUUAUUUCAUUGUGUUUGACGUUGUUUGUUUCAAUCUAUUAUGUAAGCAAUGAAAGUAGUGGUUUAUAUAAAACGGCAAAAACGCACGACGGCGAUGUUCGAGGUAUAAAAAAACAUACGUUAUUUCGAAAUACUAUUUAUUAUGCAUUCCUGGGUAUUCCGUAUGCUGAAAAGCCAAUCAAUGAUUUACGAUUUAAGGCACCAAUACCAAUUGCAGCAUGGAAACCAAAUACAUUAGACACAAUUGAGUAUCGAAAUUCAUGUAUACAACAAUCGUUUGCCCUCGGCAAUAAUGGACCGGAGUCCGAAGAUUGCAUGUAUUUAAAUAUAUUCGUGCCUGACAUUAAAACGAGCAAAAAGUUACCGAUCAUUUUUUACAUUCAUGGAGGUGGUUAUUCGGAAGGUUCUGGCAAUGACUUCUUUCACGGGGCCGAUUUUUUCAUGGAACAAGAAGUGAUUUUAGUUACAUUUAAUUAUCGUUUGGGUGCGUUUGGAUUUAUGUCACUUGGAACAACACAUCAUUCGGGAAAUAUGGGCUUGAAAGACCAAUAUACAGCAUUGAAAUGGAUACAUCAUAAUAUCCAAGCGUUUGGUGGAGACGAACAACAAAUAACUGUAAUGGGUCAAAGUGCUGGUGCUGUAUCGGCUCAUUAUCAUCUUCUGUUUGAACAAUCACGAAAAUUGAUUCGUGGUGGCAUUUUUUUAAGUGGAUCUGCAUUUCUUUUCCAUUCGUAUUUAGACGAAAGCAGUCACUUAAAGAAGAUGUACGAUUUUGCUCAUAAAUUCAAUGCAUCAAUUCAAAAUAUGAGUGAAUUGGUUGAUUUUGUUGAACAUGUACCAGCUAAAAAAAUCGUUAAUUUAACAUCACAAAGCACAUUUGAUCGAACAUUGACAUCUGAUUGGGCACCAGUCAUUGAACAAAAAACAGCAUUUCAGCCCAUUUUAUUAAAACCACCCAAAGAUUUAUAUGACAGUAAUCCAAAUAAAAUGAAUGUCAGCACAAUGUUUGGCUUUACAAAUUACGAAAAUAUUGGCUUGGUUUGGGCUGAUGUUUCAAAUACGACUCGUUUGAAUAAGUUUCUCGAUGAAUUUGAUUUGGUUUUACCGGUGCAUAAAUUGAAACCAAACUUCACAUCAAAUUCUUCGUAUCGUCAACUAUUGAAUCGUGUGAAAUAUCAUUAUAUGUCCAAUGUUACCGAAGUAGAUGAUAGGGCCAUGCAAUUUGUAAAUAUGAUAUCCGAUCUCAAUAUGGUAUCACCAAUUGAUAAAACGGUUAAAACUCAGGCAAUGCAUUCGAAUCGACCAACAUUUUAUUAUCAAUUUUCAAUCGACGCAAAAUUGAACUAUGCCAAACAAGAAAGUAACAUCAAAUGGCCUGGAGCAAAUCACUUUGAUGAUUUAUGCUAUAUAUUCCGAUGUCAUUCUAUCGAUUCCGUGUAUUAUAACAUAAUGAACACAAUGCAUGAUGAUGACAGCAGCAAAAUAAGUUACAACACCAUUCAGCACAUGACACAGAUGUUCGCCAAUUUUGCUAAGCAUGGACGACCAACGGUCAAUGGGAGCCCAAUUAGAGGAUAUAAACCAGUGCAAGGUCAUCGCAUUAAUUUCCUAGACAUUACAAAUAAUGCCAUGAUACCCGGAGUGUCUCCAAAAAAGGAAAACGUCGCAUUUUGGCAUCGUAUCUUACAAGACGCUGAAGAGCUUGUUCAUUUAUAAUCAGUGUAAUUUGGCUCCGAGUGAUCGAACUAGUGCCAUUUACAUUUAAUAUUUGUGGUUUGAUGUAGUUCUGGGCAAAUGUAAAUUGAUCAAACCAUCUUUUGACGAACAAAUCGUCGUUUAAAGUCAGUAAAGUAGUAACUGUUUAAUGAAAUAUUAAUAAAAAUCAAAUAAAAAACCUUUGUCGAAUUGGAAAACGAGUGAAGAAA